GGUCGCUGCUCUGCAGCAGGGGGAAAAGGAAAUAGUCUUCAGCUUUUUGAAAUACACUGUGCUUAUAAUAGAAAAAGAGAAGACUGCAGACAGCUGAACAUUCAGCCUCUCACCUCGGCCACCUCAAACAACAACAAAUCUUCUGAUGAAUCAGGAAUAUGGAUCUCACUUACUCGGGACUGCAAAGCCACCGUUGAUCCCAAACUCCCCCUGAAGCCUCAGCGUUAUGGAUAUUUUCUGCUGAUAUAUCAACUGAAAGUAUCAGUCACCAGUAACCAGAAAUCACUUAUGGAAGGAACCUUAGCAUCUGGAUUUAAAGUAUAUGUCAGCUACUACUGGAAGCUGCUUUAACAACGGCAACAAUAAAUCAAGAAGGUUUUACGAAGUCAUUGCUUUCAAGUAAUUAAACAGACAGGGCUCAGCUUUGGGACUCCCGUCAAGUUCUUACUUUAAUGAAGCAGAAAUCGAGCAGCUGCCUGGAUUGGUUUGGCGGAGGCAGAAUCCUGCCCCUCCAGAAAUGUGCCUGAUAGAAUUCUAUUGAUCAGUGUGGUGUUCGCCUUACGCAGUAGUGAGUGGUGCUCUCUACCUGAUCACUUGUUCAGUGAAGAGGUACAUAGAGGAUGUUCUUCCUUACCUGCACAUCUGGACUAUAAGCAUCAGCACCACUAAGCUGAGAACUCUAAUGUCAGAUCACACCUCAAAGAUACAACACAACUGGAAUAAUGGAUCUUCUCAAAGCUUUUGUCAGCAUUAUCAUUUUCUGGUUUCAUUCUUGUAAAGGAACAAGACUGCAAAGUGGACAAAUUAUUUGCAGACAAGGGACUCAGAAACCAUGUUACAAAGUCAUUUAUUUUCAUGAUACAUCAAGAAGACUGACGUUUCAGGAAGCUCAGGAUGAAUGUAGACGGGAUGGUGGUUACCUGAUAAUUAUCAAGUCUGAAGCAGAGCAGAAAUUUAUACAGAAGCUCAUUCAAAGCAUCACUGGUUCCGAUGGUGACUUUUGGUUGGGUCUAAGGAGAAUUGAUGAUGACUCCCCAAACUCCAGCGACUGCCAGAGUCUGUACACUUGGGUUGAUGGCAGCAAACCCACUUUUUGGAACUGGUAUGUGGAUGAGCCAUCAUGUGGGAGUGAGGUGUGUGUUGUCAUGUACUAUCAGCCAUUGGCUUCUCCCGGUGUUGGUGGGCCAUAUAUGUUUCAGUGGAAUGAUGACCGAUGUAACAUGAAGAACAACUUCAUAUGUAAAUAUUCAGAAGAAAAGACAGCUCGUCCUCCCAUGAAAAACACAUCAUCAUCAGUUAUUGUUACUGGAACAGUUACUACCAGGGACCCAGAAAUAUCCAUUAAAAACGCCAAUGAGACAGCAAAAGAAGCUGCAGAGACCUAUAUCCAUUAUAUUCUCAUUGCAACGAUCCCAGUGCUGACACUUUUAUUGAUUUUUAUUGGAGUUUUGUGCUGCUGCUUCAUAGAAAGAAGAAAACAACAGAGAAGUGAAACAGCUGUUAAAGAGCCUAGCUUCUGGAUGUCCCCACACAGAAGGAACAGUCCUAAUCUGGAGGUCUACAAUGUCAUCAAGAAACAGACGGAUGCAGAUUUAGCAGGAACGAGACCAAAUAUCCAUAAUACGUCUUUUCGGGUGCCAUCUGGGGAGAUCUCACCUAUAGACAAUCUGUCAGGUGAAUAUGAUAACAUGGCAGGAAACCAUUCAGAGAGUGGCUUUGUGACACUAGCCAGCACAGAAAGCGGCUUUGUCACCAACGAACUGUAUGAGCUGUGUAAUGACAUGUAUGGGAAAAGCUCAGAAUCUGGCUGGGUUGAAAAUGAAAUCUAUGGAUAUUAAUUGAGAAACAAUGGACUAAAUGCAUUACCAUGCAAGAUGUUUUCAAUGCAGACAAUGUUCCAACAACGAUAAGAAGAAAAUGACUGUCUAGGAUUCUGCAAUUUUUUAUGAAACAAAUAAAAUGCAUCAUGGAAUACUAAAUCUGAAAAUGGAA